AUGACAGACGCAGCCAGCAUCAUAUCCCGCACCUCUGGUUCGUCGGGCUCGACCGCACGCUCGUCCACCCGCUCCGUCUCCCGCGGCCGCGAAUUCUACUCAUCUGGGCGCGGCGGGGUCGGCAACAUCAGGCGCGCAUCCAAGGAUGACCUCACCCGCCCGCCCAGCACCCCGACCUCUCCGACGGGCGCGUUCGACCACGACGAGCUCUCCAUGGCUCGCGGCGCGAAGGCCCGCGCUGACUCGAGCAAAUUGAUCGUGCAGGCAAAGUCCACAGGGCGCGGGGGUGCUGGGAAUAUCCGCUCGACAUCGAUCGCCCGCGCCGCCAACCCUCUCGGGCGACGGCCACAUGCGUUGACACUCGCUCGUGACGACCAGGCAGAGGCAGAGGCCGAGUACGAGCGCUGGUCGUCGCCGCCCGUCAAGAGGCCUCCCGGAACGCCCGCCGCACGUACGGGCGCGGCGCCGCUCCGGAUCGCGCUUCCGACCCGCUCCGUGUCCGUCGGGCCGUCCGCGCGGCGCGGGGCGGGAGAUAUUGCCCCCGGUGCGUCCGAGGACGCGGAGCGCGUCGGUGAGCUCGGCAAUGCGGAGAUGAGCCAUGCGCGUGCGACGAGCCCCGACUUCCACGGCCCGCGUCCCCGCACCUCGCAGAGCACACCGGCCGACCGCUCUUCGCACCCGCCGGAGGGGUUCAAGAAGAUCUGGAAGAAGGUCAGCCGGAGCCGGAGCAGGGCGGCGCGCGAGCCCGUGUACAGCGACGGAGACGGCGUGAUCGAACUGGAUAUCCGCGAUACGAGGGGCGUGAGGCGGCGUCGAUGGAGAGCGGGAUCGAGUCGGUGCAAGCGCGGGCGAGCUGUCUGCGAUCUCGUCGAGGAGCGGGGAGCAGACGUUGCACGGGUCCACCGGGGCGCGAACACCGUGACGGCGGGGCUCUUGGAGAUGUCUGCGCAACCUUUGAGGAAGAGCGGGCAGCAGCGGGGUCGCCGCUCACGGUCGACGUCAAGCACCUCCAUGCGAACCGCAGACUUCAAGUUCGAGGCGGAGCCAGUCGUACCUGAUGCCCGGCCCCCCACCCGCCAUGCCUGUACCGCCUAUCCCCCGUCACUAUCCCAAUGCUCCUCCCCAACGUCUAUGUAUUUACCCUCGCCCCGACCUCUCCUCCUUCCUCGCCCUCAUCUUUGCACAUGUCUCCACCAACUUCUCCGAAAUCAUCCUCCGGCCCCCGCGCGUUUCUUCCCUUCCUCCUCGCCGUCCACCUCCACGCUCGCGAGCAGCGCGCCCUCCAGUUUUCAGCCGGAACAGCCUCGCCGCGUCCUCCGAUACUCUCUUCCGCACACCCUCUCUGCCUCCUCUUCUCGCCAAUCGUAUUCAUCCUUCACGUCUGUCUCGUCUGCAAGCAGCUCGAGUACGGCCAUGCCGACUACGCCGACGUUUGCAUGGCCCGUCCCGGCCGUUCCGCCGCUCCCACACGAGUACGCCGCCGACAAGGACAAGGGCAAUGACUUGUCGGCCGGUGUGUCCGUGGCGAUAUUCCCGCCGGAGGAAGACGACCUCAGCGAGCACCUCGCGUCAUUCCAGGUCUCCCCGACAAGUUCAAGCUCGCAUUCAAGCCUGGGUUUGAGCGGGAAUUCGAGUUCGAGCUGGAAGCCCCGACCGCGGACGAUGACGCUGCCGACGCUGCACGAAGACAGGGAGUAUGUAUCUUUCUUUGAUCUCGAAUGGGAGGAACGCGAGUAUAAUGGGAGCGGGAGCGGGAGCGACGGAGAGUUUUCGUUGGAGGCGUAUGAGUAUAGUGACGAGGAAGGGGACGAGGAGGGGUGA